GCCGUUCAAGGUCGUUGAACAGAAAGGGUGGGCAGAUUCGAACGGCUCUAACGUUUUAACCGUGCCUAUAUGUAUUUACGAGAUACCUGUUACGUGCAAGUUAAACCAGAAACAAUCGUUUCCAGUGUGUGGAGGCUUGAAUUUAUUCAACUUCAACAGGUACCCCUCACACUAUGUCAACGUCUAAUAUUUUGCUAGUUACAGGGAGGCCAGGUAUCGGUAAAACCACUUUGGUUUCUCACGUCUUUGAAGAGCUUCUUAAAAAUGGUAUACAGGCGGUUGGUUUUAAGACAGAAGAAGUUCGACAGUUCUAUUCAGGAAAGUCUACUCGUUUUGGAUUUGAUGUAGUUCUAUUCGAUUCAUCUCGAACAUAUCCUAGAGCUUCAUUAGCUCGCCUAAUUAACCAUUCAAGUCAACAAGUACAACAUCAACCUCGUGUUGGUCAGUACCUAGUAAAUAUAUCAUCGUUUGAGAGUUUGGCUAUUCCUUGUUUACAGUCUAUUAUAAACAAUUUGGAAAACGUUUCUUCCAAUAACAAUGUAAGAAAAAAUGAUUUAAUAGUCUGUAUCAUUGACGAAAUUGGUAAAAUGGAGCUAUGCUCAUCAAAGUUCACUUAUCUAAUUGAAAAGUUGAUUUCAUCAAUUUCAAAUUUACCUACAAAUAGUCAACGUGAUAUAAAACAUCCUACAGUUGUUCUUUUGGCUACUGUACCAUCACCGAAAAGACAAGAUGGUACACGUGGUAUUCCGUUGGUCGAUCAUAUCUGUUCAAUGAAGGGGGCUUCAAUAAUAGAGAUAUUAAUACUAUGUAUCGGUAAUUGGAAAUAGGAUUCUUACUGUUAGAAGAAGGAAACGAAGAGAUGAGAAAGAAAAUCAAAAGCGGUCGGAUUAGCAACAGAAAUAGAAGUACGAUGAAGUUUGGAAGCGACAAUUUAAGGAAGUUUUGCAAUUGUUGUAUUCACUGUAUUGUUUUCAUAUUUUACAGAUGCAUUAUGUGAUUUUGCAUAAUACAAUAAAUUGAUUUACCUUACCCAAGACUUUGUUAAUUACACCAAGUCCAUAAAUAAUUUAUUAGGUAUUUUGACAUAUACGCCAUGGUAUUAUUUUCACGGUUAUAUAUACUUACCACACUUGCUGUGCCGACAGAUUUAUAGAUGGUAGAAUUGUGUUAUAGUUUUUUU